AGGGCCCGCUGCUGCACACACCAACAGCCCUUAUCAGCUCUGCCACUCGCCUGGCCGGGCAGAGGCGGUGUCCUGGGGAAGGAAAGGGGUUGUGCCAGGGCUAUGCGGGCAAGGGCUCUUCGGCCGCGGUAGGAAAGGGGCCUCGCCGAGGGGAAAGCCGGGGGGUGGGGGGGAGGGGGGAGCGAGGGUUCGGCGGCAGUGGCGAUAAGGGGUUCCCCCGCCCCACCGGGAGGCAGCGCGACGCCCUCCCCACGGGCUCCCGUCCCACCCUCCACCCACGAGGAGGAUGCGGAGGCAUCGCGGCCGAGCAACACCGUGGGGCGAGGAGCCGGCGGCGGGGACAUGAGCCCGGGGUCCGGUCGGGCCCUGGGGCUGCUCCUGCUGCUGCUGCUGCAGUGCGCAGCGCGGCGGAGGGCAGUUGUAAAGAGAUCAGUUCCAGAUGUCUGUGCGACUUGCCACGUUCACGCUACAUGUCAUCAAAUUGAAGGAAAAAGUGUCUGCAUCUGUAACUACGGAUUUGUAGGCAAUGGAAGAACCCAUUGUCAAGAUAAAGAUGAAUGCCAGAUCGGAGCCAGCAAGAUCUGUGGAAAUCAUACACUGUGUCAUAAUACACACGGAAGCUUUUACUGUGUUUGCCUUGAUGGAUAUCGAGCCUCCAACAACAACAAGACAUUUAUCCCUAAUGAUGGGACAAACUGUACAGAUAUAGACGAAUGUGAGGCGUCUGGGCUAUGUGGUCACAAUGCAAAAUGUGUGAAUACUGAAGGAAGCUACAAGUGUUACUGCAAUGAUGGUUAUAAAUUAGAAAAUGGAGAGCAUUCUUUUCAUCCAGAUGGGAGUACAGUUUCAUGCAGAGAAAUUGGAUGUGGUUCCCCUCCUGAAAUGAAGCAUGGCUACGUUGUGGGGAACUACAGCUUGCUACCAGGAAGUGCGGUUCAUUAUGAAUGUAAAGAGGGGUUUUACAGCAACGAGGGAAAGUUCUCAUAUUGCACUGUAAAUGAAACUUGGGAACCUGCCACUUUAAGCUGUAAAGGUGUGGAUUGUGGAGUUCCACCUUCUGUUUUAAAUGCACAUCCAGCAUCUGUAAGUGGGACUACAUACGGAAGUGAAGUUACUUACAGUUGUGUUCAUGGUUACUUCAUGGCAAGUGGCAAUCAGACUGCAGUCUGCAAUGCCAAAGGACAGUGGGAUGGUACUGAUCUGGUGUGCAAAGAAAUAGACUGUGGCAGACCUUUGCUGAUUCCACAUACAGAAAUGACCUGGGACAACUCUACCACCCUAAGGAGCAGAGUGUACUAUCAGUGUAAAGAAGGAUAUUAUUUUAAUGGAGGGAGGAAUUUUUCAGAAUGCACAAUAGAUCAGUCGUGGGAGAAUAUUACAUUCGUAUGCAAAGAGGAGGAAUUAUUCAGUAAUUUGUCCAUAUUCAAUGAAACAUGUGUGAAGUGGGAAAGGAAAACUGGAAGACUAGGAGUGCAAAAAACAUACACAUUUCACAUACUGAGCCAGAGAUGGGAUGAGAAGACGUUCUCGGAAGGUGUGAUAUUUAACAUCACUACAAAUGAAGAUAAUCCAAAGGUGUGUUUAGAUCUCGACUCUGGCAGUAACUACGUGGUGAAUAUUACUACAAUUUCUUCCACAAACAUCCCUGUCUCAGUUACAGCAGCAGUUCAAACAAAGGUAAAGGAAGCUUUCAAUAAUGUACUAAUUUUUAAUGAUACCUGCUUGAAAUGGCAGAGAAAUGUCAGGGGAACUGAUGUGGAAGACAGAUAUUCGUUUCAUGUGCAAGGCCAGCGUUGGUAUCAGAAAGAGUUCUUUCAUGAAAUGAUCUUCGACCUUACUACACACAAGCAGGCUCCAGAAAUUUGUUUUGAUUUGCAGCCAGGCACCAAUUACUCUGUUAAUAUUUCCAUGGCAGCUUCGAAUUUUUCAUUGCUUGUUUCCAUAACAACACAAAUCACAGAUCCCCCUUUCCCAGAUGUAGAAUUUGUUGCAGUAACAGGUUCUGCACCUUUGCUCAGACUUCGGAAAGCAGAAGAUCAAAAUGGACCAAUCAGUUUUUAUCAAGUCAUUGUACUUCCUCUGGAUUUGCAGAGCACCUUUAUUUGUGAUUCCUUUGCUGCUGCAACUUUCUUCAGUAACUCCACUGAUGUUAAAGGAUAUGUGGCAGCUGAAUUUCGAGCAAAGGAUGUUGCUGAUAACAUGCCAAUUUCUCUUGGAGACAGACAUUACUAUGGAAAAUUCUAUAAUGCUCCUUUAAAGCUGGGAGAAGAGUAUUGUGUGUUUUUAAGGGUAAUAAGUGAGUGGAAUAAGAGUCCCUUCUGGCUCCACACCCUUUCAUGCUGAUAAUGGUACAAUUCAUAUCAUACGUGCUGCAAAAUUGUGGCUUGGUUGUGACUUUUUAUUGCCAUUAUUUCUUAAUAUACCUUACAUAUUUUCUUUGUGGUAAGGGUGAGAAAAUCAGUUUAGAUAGAAUUUUGUGGACACAGUUAAGGUAAGCUGUUCCCUUCCACAGAGUCCACAUUCAUUUAUCCCUUGCUGAGAUUUGGAGGCCCUCAGAAGGGUGUCUGCUGUGCAGUAUUUAUUUUUCAAGACUUAAAGUGCAUGUUUCAGUUGUGCAGGACAAUAAAAUGUGUUAAAAGGCUGGUCAGAUAAUCUGAUGAGAUCAUUGGGAAUAUACAAGGAAGAAGUUUGGAGGAUAAUGAAAAUGCGAAGAUGAUAGAAAUUACUAUUUUUCGUAUUGAUUAAUUUGGCAAUCGGAAUACAGGGAUAAUGGAGACCAGGGGAGGAUUUGGGA